CAAGUCCGGGCCCAUGAGUAUAUCUCCAAACCAUCCAAUUCUUUAAGAAAAAUGUAAACCCUUUAUAAUCCAAUUCUAGUAACAACAAACAACCACCACUACUAUAAAAACAAGCUGAAAUCAGUUAAUUUUAUCCCAAAAAACACCCAAAAGUGACACACUUUGAGUCCUCAUUGCUUAUCUUUCAAGCGAAUAUCACUCGCUAGUUAUAACGUCUCAAAUUAAUUUUCUUUCCUUUCACGUUUUUGUUUCUUGUUUUUUUAAGAUCCCAAACUAAAAUUUCUAUAUAAAAUCCCAAACUAAAUUAAAUUUCUUGAGAAUACCCAAAUUCAAAAUUGAAGAUGUGCUGCGGAGGAAAGAUGUGCAUGAUGUGCACGUGUUUGAUUCUGGUGGUGAUCGCAAUCGGGUUGGUUUUCGGGUUUGGGGUUUUCAAGAAUGGGUUUCAUAAAUUGAAGGACUCCAUUCAUGUUAAUUAUCCCAAUGCACCUGCUUAUUCUUCUUCCGGCGGUUCUUCCGGCGGACGGCCGUUCUUCGGUUAUGUACCUCCUACUCAUUUUUAGGGAUUUAUUUUUUGUUAUUAUAAUUUUUUUUAUGGGUGUCUGUUGUUUUUCAUAUUUGUUGUAGGGAUUUGUGAUUAUUUGUUUAAGGUUUUAUAUAUAAAAUUGAAUUUUUAUUUCAA